AUGAAAAGCGUUCUAAUUACUGGAGCUAAUCGUGGUAUUGGCUAUGGACUAGUAAAACAAUUUUUAAAAUCUAAAACUGAUCAUGUCUUUGCUACUUAUCGUGAAAUGGAUCGAUCUAAAGAAUUAUUUGAUUUAGCUAAAGAACAUUCAGCAACAAUUGUUCCACUUCAACUUGAUAUUACUGAUGAUGCUAGUAUUAAAAAAGCAGUUGAACAAGUAGAACAAAGAUUGAAUGGAAAUGAUCUAAAUUGCUUAAUUAAUAAUGCAGGCACGACAACAAAAUUAAGAUUUUCAAAUAUUAAUGAAAAAGAUAUGAUGGAAACAUAUCGUCAAAAUGUUAUUGGACCAUGGAAAGUUACUAAAGCAUUUUUACCUCUUCUAGAAAAAUCUGCAUUACAUUUAAAACAACGUGAUAUAAAACAAUCAUCUGUAAUUAAUAUUUCGUCGAUCAUGUCUUCACUUGAACUAGCAAAAAAUCUUCCAUAUUAUUAUUAUGAUUAUCAAUGUAGUAAAGUUGCAUUAAAUAUGUUAACAAUAUGUAUGGGUAAAGAUCUUGAAAAAAAGAAAAUCUUUUUUUCACUUCUUCAUCCUGGCUGGGUAAAAACAAAUAUGGGUACAGAUAAAGCUCCAUUGACACCAGAUGCUGCAGCAAAGAAUAUUAUCGAAUGUCUACAAGCAAUAACGAAUGAUCAUCAUUGUAAAUUAAUUGAUACACGUGAUGGUAAAAAAGUGACUGUUCUACCUUUUUAA